AUGGCAAGGACCUACACCUUAUAUAACCUACGGAUUAUCCUGGUUUUGACACUGGGCAGUUUCACCUUUGGCUACGGCUUUUCGGUGAUUAGCAACACCAUCGGGCAACCCGGGUUCAUUGCUUACUUCAAUCUGGCAAAUCGUUCCGACUAUACCAAUGCCAUUAUAGGUACCAUCAAUGGACUAUUCUGUGCCGGGGCGCUUUUCGGUGCCCUACAUGUUGGCUGGAUGUGUGAGGCUCGUGGAAGGAAAGAGACCAUGUAUCUGGCCUCGGCUGUCAACAUUCUAGGAGGUGCUCUUGAAACAGGUUCGGUCAAUAUGGCCAUGUUUCUCGUAUCCCGAUUCAUUGCAGGCUGGGGCAUAGGAAUGAUGGUUGUUUUGAUUCCAAUCUACCAGGCCGAGAUCUCACCUCCAAAUGCUCGCGGCUUCUUAGUCGGCCAACAUGGUACAUGGAUUGUUCUAGGAUAUGCCGUUGCUGGUUGGGUCGGCGCUGGUACAUAUUAUUCAUCCAAUCUCUCCUUCCAAUGGCGGUUCCCAAUUGCUUUGGCCAUCCUCCCGCCGCUUGCCCUAGCCUUGUGUUCCCCUUGGAUCCCAGAGUCCCCCCGAUGGCUACUUACCAAAGAUCGACGAGAGGAAGCCUGGAACAUUGUCAGACGGCUGCACGGAGGUGAUGGCGAUGAUCCUAAGCUCCUUCAAUUUGCUCGGGAAGAGUUCUAUCAAAUGACCGAACAGGUCCGUGUAGAUGCGGCUGCCUGGAAUGAAGGUGGUUGGAAGGGCAUGCUCACCAAGAAAUCCUAUCAAAAGCGAUUCUGGAUGGGUUUCUUCAUUCAGUAUGCUGCCCAAAGCACCGGCGCUCAGGUGAUCUAUGUGUAUAUAAUCACGCUGUACCAGAACCUAGGCCUCACCGGCGGCGUCCCGUUGAUACUCGGAGCUGCAUAUGUCACGGUAGCAUGGCUCUCGAAUUUUGCAGGCGCUCUGGUCCUCGAUAGAGUGGGACGAAAGCCACUUUUGAUUACUGGAUUGACCGGUUGUAUGAUCUCUCUAUCCUUGGAGACGGCGAUGAUUGCUCAAUUUGCUGGAACAACCAACAAAGCCGGACUUUCAAUGGGCGUCUUCUUCUCGUUCUGCUUCAUAUCAUUCUAUGGAGGUGGUAUCGAUGUGGUCGGCUAUGUUUACUGCUCGGAAAUAUUCCCAACUCAUAUCCGAUCCCAAGGCGUUGCCUGGUCAUUAGCAGGGACGUUCUUAUCGACUUUGGUGUACGUCGAGUGCACGCCGACAGCAUUGGCGAACAUUCAGUGGAGAUAUUACAUCAUCUUUGUCUGUCUCACCGCCGUCAAUGUGGUGAUUUUCUAUUUUUGGUGUCCCGAGACUAAAGGACUCUCGUUGGAGGAGAUCAAUGCGCUCUUCGGUGACGAGGUUGUGGUACAUUUUUCAGAUGCAACUGAGAAGCAACGAAGUGAUAAUGCGGCUAAAAUAUUAGCUGAGGACGAAGGAAGAGACUUUCCGAUGCAGCAGACCAGUGGCGAGAGUGUGAGUACGACAGCAGAAUUAAAAGUAUAA